UCAUGCAGAUUAGAAAACAAAUCGAAGAGUCAUGAUUUCUACUCUCAAAAGAAUUACUGUCAUCACUCGCACUAACUUUUCAGAUCACAAUUACUAAGCGCACGCUCAUCAGACAUCAUCAUAAUUUAAUCUAUCAUCAUUUAAAACCCAAUUCAACUUUCGAUAUUAAUCGCCUUCACUUGAUAUUCAACACAACCAUAGUCAAAGGCGUUAACCCGUUUUAAGCCUCAAAUUCCGGAUAAUCUGUUUGAAUUUGGAAAAUUCGUGUAGGCGAAGAAAAUGGCCGAGAACACGGGAUUCAUCAAUGUGCCCUGGCAGCAGCACCGGCUGGGCGGGCGGUACACUAGGCCGUUCCCUUCGAUGAGCCGCCCGAAAUGCCUUGGCGUCUGCAGCAUAAACGCUAGCCGGGAUUAUGUGGACGACGCCAGCCAUGCCGGCUACCUGGCUGGCCAACCGUGGCCAGAGCUGCCGCUCGAUCUCAACGAUGGAAUAGAGGAUGUGAUCCGCAAGCCCCUCGAUCACAUCAAACGGGAUCUGGAAUAUAUGCUGCUCUAUAUCAAGCAUCACCAGAAGGAACUGCUCCGCAAGCGGAGCUCCGAUCCGGGAAACCUCUUCUUGGACACCGACUUUAUAACGUUGCGUGGUAUUUUGCGGCAGAUAAUGUGCCUGCAGUAUGAUACUAAUCGCACUUUCCGCAUCAAGGCGACUCUCCUCAACGGCAGCGUCUAUAUGGCCAAAGAGGAAACGCCAGAGCAGCAGUGGGAGAACGAGAACAUGAGCAAGAAACAGCUGGACAUGUGCUCCUGGGGUUUCAAGUUUGAGCAGUACCUGACCAGUGCCCAGGCGCAGGGCAAGCCGAUCACCAAUGUGCCGGUCAACGAGGCAGAGGAGUUUAUGGGCGUAUAUCGCGUGAACCUGGCCGGGAUUGGGAUACUCUACGGCGCCGAACUGGACUGUGUGGACAGCUUGAAGCCAGUUGACUUCAACGAUCCCAAAGUGCUCGACUCCUUGAAUUUCGUGGAGCUGAAGACCAGCGCCUUUAAUAUGAACAGACACCAAAUGCGCAGCUUCGAUUCGUACAAGUCGGCCAACUGGUGGAGUCAGUCAUUCCUGGUGGCCAUCGAUACGAUAUACGUGGGACUGCGAGACGCCAAGGGAUUGGUGCAGAAGAUCGAUAAGAUCGAUGCACGUACACUGAACCACAACAAGCCGUGGAAUCCAUCGGCAAUGGCUUGGUUCCUGGAACAGUUCUUACGCAAUCUUAAGAAGCUGCUGGUGACCAUUAACGAUCCGUUUGCGGUGGUCCAGGUGACUUUUCAAGAUAAGCGCGCCCACUAUGAAGUGCUCCGCGGCCCGGAACACCAAAUCCUGCCCGAUUGGUAUCGAGAUUUGCUCAAGGCGGCCACCUAAAGCAUUUGCACUGUAUGACAUUUGCUCUUCAAGAUCACUUGAGGUCGUUGGUCUCCAGAAGGGGCACGGCGCUUGGUUCCAGCUUGGCACUGGUUGGGCCAUAACGUCGUCUAUCGGGCGGACUGCCGGCGGUGAAGCCGCCCAUUCCAAAUACGUGGCCUCCGCUGCCGCCGA